AUGAGUGAGAAGGCCAAAGACAGGGAUAUGUGUGGUCUGCAAAGUUCUCCACCCUGCCUGGGAGCAUUCCUGUAUAUCCUUAAUUGUUUUCUUUUGUUGCUGCUCCAGAAGGAGGCUCUUGGCUGUCCAUCUGCUUGCCAGCUCUGCACAGGGAGACAAGUUAGCUGUCGUAAUUUAGGGCUCUCAAGCAUCCCACGGAACUUUCCAAAAACGACAGUUCUUGUGUACCUCAGUGGGAAUAACAUAUCGCGUGUCACUCCAAAUGAACUAAGAGGCCUUCAGAAGCUUGCUGCACUCUACAUGGAUAACUCCAGUAUUUUGUAUGUACACCCGAAAGCUUUUGUGGAACUCCCCAAACUGUGCUACUUGCAUCUAAAUAACAAUAAUAUUAAACGCCUGGAUCCAGGAAUCUUUGAAGGUCUUUCCAAUCUUCAUUGUUUAUACCUUCAGAAUAAUCAAAUAGCAUUUGUUCCCAGAGGAUUAUUUAGUGAUCUCCUUUCCGUUAGAUACUUAACACUUCAAAGAAAUCGUCUCAAUGUCCUUGGAAGUGGGACUUUCUUGGGAAUGAUAAGUCUCCAAACACUUAACCUCGCCAAUAAUAAGAUUUCACGGAUAUCAGAUUCAGCAUUUCAUCAUCUUGAAAACCUUGCAUAUUUGUUCCUUGAAGGUAACAACUUAACACUUGUGCCAUCGAAUGCUAUUGGAAGGCUCAAAAAUCUUGAAAGACUUUCUUUGUCUCACAAUCCCAUUGGAUCAAUACAUCCUUUUGCAUUUAAAGGACUUAACAAGCUUAGAUAUCUGUCUUUGAAAAACGUAAAGCUAAAAUGUAUUGCUGUAAAUGGAUUUUUUGGAUUAAACAACCUUAGCCAGUUAAUCUUAAGUUAUAAUGAUUUAGAAAAUAUAAAUUCCAGCACUUUUACUUUAUUGAACAAUUUAAUGUAUCUGCAGCUAGACAGAAAUAAAAUAACCAGUAUUGGCGAUGGUACCUUUGAAAAAAUGGGACAGUCACUUAAAAUACUCAGUUUAGCGUUUAAUAAUAUUACAGAGUUACAACCUGAAGUGCUCAAGCCCUUAGUGUCUUUAACUCACCUACAAGUAAAUUAUAAUCCUUGGAACUGCAGCUGCAAAAUGCUUGGGUUACUUAAUUGGCUAGCAUCGUCUCCUAUUUCUGUAAAAAUUCAUUGUCAGAAUCCCCUGAGUAUGCGUGGUAGACCUUUGCAUUACAUUAAGCAGACUCAGUUUGCAAACUGCAGUAGCCCUACUGCCAGCCCAGAAGCAGCCUGGAGUCUAGGAUCUGUAGGUGUCCAUCACAGUGCUACCACUUUGCUGAUGGCAUGGCAUAAGGGAAACAGGCACAACACGUUUGAACAGUUUGUCAAUGCAGAAACUAAUUAUGUUGCUUUCUGGGAAGGAACCACAGCCACAUCUGCUAACCUGUUGCCCUAUGAAGAAAAUGCUGCUGAAAUUCCAUCACAGGCAACUACAGUAUUAUCAACAUUACCGGUGCAAAUACCAGCACAGAUUAUACCUGUUAACAGAACCGUAGAAGAAAAAGGUUUAUUUCCAACAGAUGCUGCUCCUGUGUCACUAAAAACAUCCCUACUUUGUACACAACAGGUUGAAAAGCUGAAUCAGGCUUUUGACAUUUUACUAGCCUUUUUCAUUCUGGCUUGUGCUGUGAUCCUGUUCUUAACCUGUAAAAUUAUUCAGUUUAGGCAGAAACUAAAGGUGCUGGAAAACUCAGGGGAAAAGAGAAUAGAAUAUUACGGGUUUUAUCAGCCUGGUAGAUACAACAUAACUGACCCAGUGCAGUCUCUAACUCAGAAUUCAAUGAGGCAUUCAGAACUGGACCAAAUUAGGCUGCUCAAGCGAACAGCAUCUGAAAGUCAAGCACAGGUCAUAUUGUUUGAGCAUUCAUCAUUGUAA